UCGGGCUCAGGUCGGUUUUCACGUGUUACUUUAUCAUAUUCACCGUCAUAAAGGAUAGAGAAAAAGCCACGCUUAAAUUACUUAGCGGUUCUGCUAGUCCAUCUAGCUUCGUCCGUGGUCCUCGGACUCUUUGAUGGCCCCGUUGUCUGCAUGUUCUGGUCGGUUUAGGGCGUGCAUGUCCGAUCAGCUGACUAUUUUUCUUAUUUCGGCUCCGUCGAGGCUCACUAGUCUCGUGUCUGGGUUGCCCCGGCGACCUUCAUCGCCUUUCAUGUCACUUCGUUCAGACCCCAGCCUGGAUAGCUUCGCGUACAAGCUAUCCGCGUAACAAAGUCCUCUAGAAAGAACGAUGACCGCCAAUCCGCCGUCCGCUGAUGCCGACGGCGAGUCCGCGUCGGCCGUCUCGAACGAGCUGGUAACCUAUGAUCAGGACGGCGACUUGACGAUCCGCGUCGGUCCCAGCCUGAAUCCCUUUCGAGUCGACUCCAAGACUGUGUCCCGCUCGUCGCUCGUGCUCAAGAGGAUGCUCUUUGGAGGGUUCGCGGAAUCGCGCCCCUCGGACGGCAGCGACUGGGUUGUCGAUUUGCCAGACGACGAUUGCGCCUCGAUGGAGAUCCUGUUCGGCAUAAUCCACGGAGCCUUUGAAAAGGUCCCAACAGAGCUCUCGCUGUGGAACCUGUACGAUCUGCUGGCUCACACAGAAAAGUACGAUGCGACUCGCCUCUUGCGGCCCUGGGCAAAAGCUUGGCUCCGUAACCCGUCGGUCGUGGGUCAGACGGAGGAACCUGAACUUCUAUGUGUUGCGUGGGAGCUAGGCGACUCUGCUCUCUUCAAGCAGAUGCUGCACAAAAUCACCAACGAAUGCCUCAUUGACAACGACGGCAACGUCAUUUACGGCCGGCGGAAGAAAGUCCCCAAGCUUCACAAUCGCAGCUCUCAUUAUCGCGUGCGCCCACCGGAGUUGGUUCUCAACUCGCUGAUUCAUCUCAUGCCCCCGGACAUUGACGAGAUAAUCUUAAGCAGCCGACAAAAGAUUCUCGGCGCCGAGCUUCAACCCUAUUUCGACUUAUGGAACCUUUGCAUCAUGACUAGAUGCGAAUCCCACUCAACGUACCCUGAAGGAGGCUGGAAAUGCGACUCAAUGGUCCUCGGCUCGCUGAUCAAAUCUCUCUUUGACGCGCAUGUCAAUAUUGCCUCGCCCACGGCGGCUGUCGAGGGAUACCGAGGGAGCCUGGCAGAUCUGAGAACCCGGCUCGGCAGGGCAAAAAUCAGGUCGAUGUGUGGUGGUCAGUGUGACAAGAGUAUCCAGACAGCUUUGGACGAAGGCAGGGAAAAAGCUGCGGAAUUGAGGGAGGACAUCACGACCUUGCGGGAUAGCCAUAAGGAGUACAUGGAGUCCCAAGCUAGAAAGACAGGGUUGUAGGACAUCAAACAGGGUCACGCAAAACAACCGAUACUAAGGAUGAGUCCAAACGUCCUCCGCAGAGGUUAUAUUCAGCUACUUGAAUGCUUCUCUUUUAGAUCCGAUAACCA